UGUUUAUUAUUGAUAUGCUAAUUUUGUUUAAUGCAUGAUAUAGAAAUGGCAUCAUUCAGUCCCCUUGCAAACAUCUUAACCCAAAAUAAACUUGAGGGUCCAAACUAUGUUGACUGGAAGAGGAAUUUGGACAUUUUGCUUACUGCUGAGGAGUAUCAGUUUGUGCUUACUGAAGUUUGUCCUGAAAAACUCGGUGAGGGUGCCUCUGAGGAGGUCACCAGAGCUUACCAGAAAUGGGUUAAAGCUGAUGAGAUGGCGCGAUGUUACAUUUUGGCUUCUGUGCCAAAUGUUUUGCAACAUCAGCAUCAGACGAUGGACACAGCUUUUGACAUGCUCGAAAAUCUCAAGGAGAUGUUUGGAGAUCAAACUAGUGCAGCAAGGCAAAACGCACUGAGGGAGAUUCUUACUUCCAAAAUGGAGGAGGGGACCCCAGUUAGAACUCAUGUCUUGAAGAUGAUGAGUCUUCUGAAUAACAUGGAGGUUCUUGGUGCUGAGGUUGACAAUGCUACACAGAUAGAAAUGAUCUUGAACACUUUGCUACUUAAAUUGAGAUGGUCUUGA